AUGGAAAAGGAUCUCGGCAAAGGAAGUCCAUCGUGGACUGAUUCCAAAGUACGAGGGUCCUUUGAAAUCGUGAGCAAAGUUGGGAAUGUUGCCUAUCGGCUUAAGCUGCCUGACCGGUUGAAGGUGCAUCCCAUAUUUCAUUUAUCAUAUUUGAAGAAGUAUCAUCCUGAUUUGUUUGAGGCAAGCCGAAAUGUCUCUACUCGAGCUUCUCCUACGUUGCGGGACCAUUUCACGAAGGAGAUGGAGAAAAAUUUGGAUCAUAGGACCCUUGGCCAAAGUAAGAAGAAUUGGCGGACAGACUAUCUUGUCCAGUGGAAGGGUGAGUCCGAGUCGGACGCUACUUGGAUUUGA